CACACUAUACAGCUAGUAUUUUGCGACGAAAAUCCAAAAGAAGCAUACCUCUAAAAUGCUUCUAUUAAUAACAAUGGUAAUGUAAGAAAAGCGAAAAGAAUUAAACGGACUUGGGGGUUGAAGCCGGGAACGCUAUAUAGUGUGGUGUUUAGUGACUCCAGAUGAUGUGUCGACUGUGAUUUCUUGGCGUCAAUUAAUAUUUGUUUAAGACUUAAAAAAAGUCUAAAUACGGUCAUCCCUUAGGUACAGCAAAGAACAUGAUACUACUACUUGAGACACCAGCUAAAAUCAUUGAAAGAAGUUCAUGCAUUUUAAAGAUUCUUAUCGUCCAACUUUGAAAACAGCGUAUGAAACCAACGCCAAAAGAUGGCAUAACGAAGAGCAAUCCGAGCAAAAGACAUCGAGAACGUCUAAACGCCGAAUUAGACACUUUAGCGAGUCUUUUACCGUUCGAACAAAAUAUUCUUUCAAAAUUGGACCGACUUUCUAUUCUACGGCUCUCAGUCAGCUACCUCCGAACCAAAAGCUACUUUCAAGUGGUCAUGCACAAAGACAAGGACGAAGGAGGCGGAAUCCACCGACCCAGGGAUAUGACGGCCUACGAUCAUACUCCUCUGGAUGGCGAAAUGUUUCUUCAGGCAUUGAACGGUUUUCUAAUGAUAUUAACUUGCGAGGGUGAGGUAUUUUUCGCCACGCACAGCAUCGAAGGGUACUUGGGAUUUCAUCAGUCAGAUAUAGUUCAUCAGUCGGUGUACGAGUUGGUCCAUUCGGAGGACAGGGAGGAACUUCAAAGGCAACUAAUGUGGAACUCGUUUCUGCCUCCCGAAUCUUCCAAUAUCGGACUUCAAGAUGUCCUGCUUCCAGAGAACGGUCAUCUGUUAGAGCGCAGCUUUACUGUUCGCUUUCGGUGCCUUCUUGACAAUACUUCCGGUUUUCUGAGACUAGAUAUAAGAGGGAGAAUUAAAGUGCUCCAUGGGCAGAAUCGUAAAACUGACGAGCCUCCCCUAGCGCUCUUUGCAAUUUGCACUCCAUUCGGACCCCCUUCCCUACUGGAGAUACCCCAGAAGGAGGUGAUGUUCAAAAGCAAACAUAAGCUGGAUUUGACUCUCGUUUCCAUGGACCAAAGGGGCAAGAUGCUGCUGGGCUAUUCCGAUGCUGAAUUGGCCAACAUGGGCGGAUAUGACCUGGUUCAUUACGACGAUUUAGCCUAUGUCGCAAGCGCGCAUCAGGAAUUACUAAAAACGGGCGCUUCAGGGAUGAUAGCUUACAGAUUCCAAACGAAAGACGGACAGUGGCAAUGGUUACAAACGAGUUCACGAUUGGUUUACAAAAAUUCAAAGCCCGAUUUCAUUAUUAGCACACACAGGCCUCUCAUGGAAGAAGAAGGGAGGGAUCUUCUGGGCAAGCGAACAAUGGAUUUCAAAGUGAGCUAUUUGGACGCGGGACUGUCGAACAGUUACUUCAGUGAUUCGGAUCAGCUCCUGUCGACAUCGUCGGUGAAUCAGCACAACGUUUCGACCACUCCAACCCGAAUGAACCGAAGAUACAAGACGCAACUUCGGGACUUUCUCUCGACAUGUCGAACUAAACGUAAGGUGUCGGUGCAUUCGAGCAACGGACAAGUGACACCGCCGGUUACAGUGUCAGUGUCGAACUCAGUGGUCAGUCCCAUGCCUACGAUAGACUACAUUCCGACGGAGGGUUGUGCGUACAACAUGUACACAACCCCGUACGCGCCUCCCGCCCCAGAUCACACGCUAUCAACGUACAUGGGCCACUCAAACUUCCAACACACACUCUAUCCCUCUCCUGCAACCCUAGACAACCGGUACCUUCCAACGGAGAAUCUAUUCCAUCAGUAUCGACCGUUGAGCACUUACUACUCCGAGUACCAUCACUCGCCAGCCUCCAGCCCAUACAUGAGCAACGGAUUCUUGGACGUAACGGCUCGGACAGCAGGAGUACCAACGUACGAUCCGUCGUCGACCACCGCCAGUCAUCACUCGUCUUAUCGGACGGCGACUGUGAUGCCCACAGAGGACAAGUUGUACUCUUGUCAACAGGUGGUGGACACCACCCAGACGGCAAAGUACCCCACGUACGUGGACACUUCCAGGAGCUUCGUCGUGACGAAUCCCAACAAAUGCCUCGAUGUCUCCUGGCCGUAUUCGGUCAGUCCAUCUUCCGGAAUCAUACAGCCGGUCCAGGUGAUGGCCACGCAAGUUCCCGAUCAGACUUCCAAAGUGUGCGUCAAGUCCAUCAAGCAGAACGUUCCGAUGGAUAACGUACCGUCGAACCAUCACACGCCGUCGCCGGUGGGUAGCACCUUAGUAACCCCGAAGAUCGAGGAGAUAAAGACGGAUCAACCGGAAAGUCCGUCGAUCAUGCAAGGGGGCGGUAAGGGUCAACAACAAAUUGUCACUAGCACACACUACCCGUCUCCUGUUAUGCAAGAAAUGCCACGGCAGACGGUUUUAAUGUGGGGGUCCCAUCAUGUUCAGUGUUCUACGGCGACCAAAUCGCCCACCACUGACCAUUAUGGGACCACAUCAUCGAAUAACGCUUGCGAAUCGUUGAAAGGAUUGGCGGACAUUGGGAAUCCGGACAUGUCAAGCUGGAAUGGGGACAACAAGGCGGAAAUAGUUGCUCAAGCCGCCGAAAACAACCACCACUCUUCUCAUCACAGCCAUCAUAACUCCAGUAGGGUAGUGAUGGUCCUGUGAUAAUGGGACAUGUUUCUCUUCAGCUGCCUUCCAGCGGUGAACCUAAAUGAACACAUACAUGUAAAUGGUAUACAUACGUAUGAAUUAUCAAUAUACAUAGAAGCACACAAAUACUUUGAACACAAUUACGUAAUAAUGAUAUAAAAAUGAAACGUAUCUUCCUUUAUGUCGCUUGUCUUCAAGAUUGUACGGGGAUGAUUGAAGCUGGUCUGGUCACAAAACGAUUACUUAUUAAUAACAUUCUCAUUGUAGAUUUGGAAAAAGGGGAGACGGACAUGCAAAAUAUGUUUUCCUUGUCGUUCUUUGUUACGUAUGGAACUUAUUUUUAUUAUUAGUAGAAGACAACGUCUCAGCUGGGUCAGUGUAAAUAGAAUACUUAUAGCGAUUGCGAAAAAUUGUUCUUAUUUUUGCAAAUGGAAAAAAGUACUAGUCAUUCGUUUACUGUAUAUUAUGUUGUACAAUUUUUGUUUAAAGUAGAUUUAUACAUAUUAUAAAGACAAAUAGAAGUAUAUUUAUAUAUUAUUUUCUCUACAGCUUUUAUUUUAUUUUUUUUUAAUUUCUUUAAUUUGAAACAGUUUCCAAGAGGCGUAAAACGCGAUGAUAUUUAUCAAUCGAUUGCACCGAAUCAAUAACAAUAAAAAUGAGCAAAUAGGGUUGUUGUUGUUGGUAUUUUUUGUACCUUUUCAGUUUCAUUGGUGCUAAAAUAUUACACCUGUUAGUGCAAUAUAGCCUUGGCUUAACAUUCUCGAAACAGUAUCUUUAUUUUCGUAAGCACCUUGUUCGUUUAUUUUAUUUGAUAAACUAUACGAGCUACAAUAAAACGAAUUAUU